UCGAGCCAUCUACCGACUGACUAACUAGAAAAUAACUUAACCUUUAGUUAAAAACGUUAGAAUUCUUUGGUUGUUGUAAUAUGUGGUAAUCUGGUAAGGUAAUACUGACACAGUGACGGAGAAUUUUUUCAAUACCUGACGUUAUUGAGUGAGUGUGUUCUUCAAAGAUCUUACCAUGUCUAUACAUAUAAGAUGUGCAGACACUGAAGAUUUGUUGAAUAUUCAACAUUGUAACUUGCAGUGUUUACCUGAAAAUUAUCAAAUGAAAUACUACUUGUAUCAUGCUUUAUCUUGGCCUCAAUUAAGUUACGUAGCCGAAGAUGAAAAACAUCGCAUAGUUGGAUAUGUUCUUGCAAAAAUGGAGGAAGAUUGUGAAGAUAAUCCACAUGGUCACAUAACAAGCUUAGCUGUUAAAAGGUCACACAGACGCUUAGGAAUUGCUCAAAAGUUAAUGAAUCAAGCAUCUAGAGCAAUGGUUGAAUGCUUCGGAGCGAAAUAUGUAUCCUUACAUGUGCGUAGAAGUAAUAGAGCAGCUUUAAAUUUAUACACGAGCAGUUUACAUUUUGAAGUAUCAGAAGUUGAACCAAAAUAUUAUGCAGAUGGUGAAGAUGCGUAUGCAAUGAAAAGAGAUUUAUCAAGCUUUCCACAAAAAAAAUGUUUAGGGCAAAAAACGAACGAUACAAAUAUUCAAGUUCCUUAA